AUGGUGGAGCUGCAGGCGGCGGUGGGGGAGAUGAAGACGUCCUUCGCCUCAGCCAUGCGGUGGCUGACGGAGUCUUCGCACGCAGCGGCCGGUCCAGAUACCUUCGGGCCUGCUGGAGUUGGCUGCCCUGAUGAUGAUGACGUCAUCCACACCAUCCGAGGACUGCAGGCGGAGCUAGCCGAAGUGACGGCAGCGGUGCAGCAGCUGCAGCAGGGCCAGAAGGCGACCCGGCGGCAGCUGCGGCUGCUGCUGGACGAGCGGGACGUGCUGCUGGACGAGCUGUGCAGGACGGACAGCGUCUCCGGCCAGACGAGACAACAGCUUUACCGUGCCGGCCUACAGUUUCCGUCCCGAACAUCUAGUGGUUGCCAUAGCAACGACUCGGGUCUGGGCCCGGCGCCCGAAAAGGUGCGGUGGUCGGACCAAGACAGCACAUCGGUCUCAGACGAGCCCUUCGUCUCAACCAUCGUGCAGCAAUAUGUCAACGCCUUGAAACCGGUGGGCAGUGGUUUCUGA